AAAUGUCUGCUUUGGUUUAUUUAUUCCUUUUAAAACAAAACAAAUGAAAUUAUUCCAAAUCCCCUUUCAUAUUUUAUUUGUGCUUGUUCAAUAAUUUUACUAAUUUUCCUCUUAAAAAGAUUACAAAAUUCUACUUAAUUUUGUUUCUUCGAUAAUCCUCCGUUCUAGGCAAUUUUCUUUUUCUCUGGUUUUAGGGUGUUUGGUUCUUGGGUUUUUAUGGGUUUAUGAGUUUUUGAAGAAAUUAAUGUUGGGUUGAUGAAGGUCCGUCGAUUUCUACGCAUUUUCUGUGGUCAUUGGGCUUCUAAUCUCUUUCGCCCUUCAAAACACAUAAAAAGAAGCUCACCCUUUUGAAGAAGGGGUGGAUUAGUUAUCUGGGCAUUCAAGAAAUUGGUCAAUAAUGGGGCAUAGUUCGAAGAAGAAGAAGAAAGGUGGAGGAGGGACUGGGAGGAGGAGCAAAGGAAGGACACCAUUGAAGGACCAUGCUUCUAGUUCUGGUGAUGACAAUGAACUUCUUGCUGAGGAGAUCACUGCCUUGUGUGCGAUAUUUCAAGAAGACUGCAAGAUUGUUUCAGAGUCACCUCCUCAAAUACUUAUUAAGCUCAGGCCUUACUCAAAGGAUAUGGGCUAUGAGGAUCUAGAUGUUUCAGCUCUGCUUUCAGUCAGGUGCAUACCAGGAUAUCCUUACAAGUGCCCGAGGUUGCAAAUUACUCCUGAGAAGGGUUUGACAAAAAGUGAUGUGGAUAAUCUUCUUUCUCUCUUACAUGAACAGGCAAAUUCCAAUGCUCGGGAAGGACGGGUCAUGAUUUUCAAUCUGGUAGAGGCUGCUCAAGAGUUUUUGUCUGAAAUAGUUCCAGAAGGUCCAGUACCUGAAUCUGCUUUACUUUCAACCAUGGGUGGCAGUGGCCAGUUGUUUAAGAAGGACAUUGCUGUUUCAAGUAACAAGAAUUGCUCUUCAAGUGAACCAUUUGUUUAUGGUUUCAUAGACCUCUUUAGUGGCUCUGGAGAGUCAUGGCAUUGGGGUCUUGCAGUGGAUGACAGUAGGGCGGUGAAUUCGUCAAUAAAAUCUCAUUCAUUAGAUGGUUCAAAGGUUGGAUAUGAAGUACAGGAAAAGAUACUUGAUAAGGCCUCAAAGCCAUUGACAGUACAAGAUGCAAAGCAAAGUCCACUGCUUUUCCCUGUUGCCAAGUUAGGUAUCCUUGAAGAAGAGAGUGAAGAUGAGAAUAGGAGCGUAUCAACUGACUCAAGUACAUCUGUUACGGAGGAAUCAGUGGGAAAUGAAUUGGAAGGCAAGAAAAAGGAUGUGUUUUCUGAGGAGCGAGGAACAGAAGAUGAUGAUGGCAAUUUUGAAAGUGAGCCUUGGGAUUUGCUUUCAUCGGCAUCCUUAGGUCAUGAUCAAGCUACCCAAACUAUUGAAAAGGAUCUAGUAAUGGUUCAUAUGCUUCGCCUUGCUUGUGCUUCAAAAGGAGGUUUGGCUGAUGCUAUAUCUCAAAUAACCAUGGAACUGUGUAAUUUAGGUGUACUUUCAGAGUGGGCACGAGAUAUAGCUUCUAAACCAUCUUCUGUCUUUAACAAGACCUUUGAUCAUGUUUUCCGUCAACAUGUGGUUUCAUCGAAAGUAUCUCAAUUUUGGAAGCCUACUUCUGAUUUAGGAGGGCCUAAUAUGUCUCUCCCAAACUCUCGAUAUCUGAGUGACUUUGAAGAGCUACAACCACUCGGUCAUGGUGGUUUUGGUCAUGUUGUAUUGUGCAAAAACAAGCUAGAUGGGAGACAAUAUGCGGUGAAGAAAAUUCGCCUCAAGGACAAAAGCUUGCCUAUUAAUGACCGAAUUUUGAGAGAAGUAGCAACACUUUCACGUUUGCAGCAUCAGCAUGUUGUACGCUAUUAUCAGGCAUGGUUUGAAACAGGAGUUGCUGGUUCUUUUGGUGACACUACUUGGGGUUCUACUACUGCCACAAGCCCUACGUUUAGUUACCGAGGUGCAACCUUAGGUGAUGUUGGGCAAGACAAUAAGCUUGAAUCAACAUAUUUGUAUAUUCAAAUGGAGUAUUGCCCCAGGACUCUACGCCAAGUUUUUGAAUCAUAUAACCAUUUUGACAAAGAGUUAGCAUGGCAUCUGUUUCGACAAAUUGUUGAAGGCUUGGCACACAUACAUGGACAGGGAAUCAUCCAUCGAGACUUAACUCCUAGCAAUAUCUUUUUUGAUGCUCGCAAUGAUAUUAAAAUUGGCGAUUUUGGUCUUGCCAAGUUCUUGAAGUUGGAGCAGCUGGACCACGAUACGACCUUACCUACAGAGGCGAGUGGAGUAUCAAUUGAUGGAACUGGUCAAGUUGGAACCUACUUUUAUACUGCGCCUGAAAUUGAGCAAGGAUGGCCAAAGAUCGAUGAAAAGGCUGACAUGUACAGCUUAGGAGUUGUGUUUUUUGAGCUUUGGCACCCUUUUGGCACAGCUAUGGAGAGACAUAUUAUUCUAUUUGAUUUGAAACAAAAGGGAGUGCUUCCUCCCUCCUGGGUUGUUCAAUUUCCAGAGCAAGCAUCCUUGUUGCAACGCUUAAUGUCUCCAAGUCCAUCUGAUCGUCCAUCUGCUACUGAUCUUUUAAAGCAUGCAUUUCCCCCAAGAAUGGAAUCAGAGUUGUUAGACAAUAUUCUAAGAACAAUGCAAACUUCUGAGGAUAGAACCGUGUAUGACAAAGUUGUCAGUUCUAUCUUUGAUGAAGAGAUGUUAAGCAUGAAAAGCCAGAAUCAGCUUUCUGGUCGAUUAGGGAUGGGUGGAGGUGAUACUUCCUCUAUUCAGUAUGCAGAUUUAGACACUGAGCUUCGUGAUUAUGUUGUUGAGGCCACAAGGGAAGUGUUCAAACAGCAUUGUGCAAAGCAUUUGGAAAUAAUACCUAUGCGCUUAUUGGAUGAUUGUCUACAGUUUUCUAGGAACACUGUCAAACUUUUGACCCAUGGAGGAGAUUUGCUUGAACUUUGUCAUGAGUUGCGUCUGCCUUUUGUUAGUUGGCUUAUUGCAAACCAGAAAUCUUCUUUCAAACGGUAUGAAAUGUCACCUGUUUAUAGGACAGCAAUUGGUCAUUCACCACCAAAUCGCUAUCUACAGGGUGAUUUUGACAUUGUUGGAGGUGUGUCUGCACUGAUGGAAGCGGAGGUUAUCAAGGCAACAAUGGACAUUGUAACCCGCUUCUUUGUCUCAGAUUCCUGUGAUAUCCAUCUAAAUCAUGGGGACCUACUAAAUGCUAUUUGGACUUGGAUUGGACUUAAGCCAGAGCAUAGACAGAAAGUAGCAGAGCUUCUGUCAUUGAUGGGUUCUUUGCGUCCUCAAUCCUCAGAAAGGAAGUUGAAAUGGGGAGUAAUUAGGCGUCAACUUUUGCAGGAACUAAAUUUGGCUGAAGCUGUUGUGAAUAGGUUGCAGACUGUUGGUUUGAGGUUCUGUGGAGCUGCAGACCAGGCCCUUCCUCGAUUAAGGGGAGCCCUCCCAGCUGAUAAACCCACGCGGAAGGCGCUUGAUGAGUUGUCAGAUCUGAUUAUCUAUUUGAGAGUUUGGAAGAUAGAAGACCAUGUUUAUAUAAAUGUGCUAAUGCCACCAACUGAGAAUUAUCACAGAGAUUUGUUUUUUCAGAUAUAUCUAAUGGAGAACAAUCCUGGAUCACUUAGUGAAGGCACAUUGCUUGCUGUAGGAGGCCGCUAUGACUAUUUACUUCAUCAAAUGUGGGAUCAUGAAUACAGAACAAAUCCUCCUGGUGCUGUUGGUACUAGUCUUGCGUUAGAGACAAUAAUUCAGCACUCACCUGUUGAUUUCAGACCUGUUAGAAAUGAAGCUAGCACCAAUAUUCUUGUUUGUUCAAGAGGAGGAGGUGGUUUAUUGGUUGAGAGGAUGGAACUAGUUGCUGAACUAUGGGAAGCAAACAUCAAGGCUGAAUUUGUCCCUAUGCCUGAUCCAAGCCUUACAGAGCAGUAUGAAUAUGCAAGUGAACAUGAUAUAAGAUGCCUCGUCAUCAUAACAGAUACAGGUCUUUCACAAAAAGGUUUUGUAAAGGUUCGUCAUCUUGAACUUAAGAAAGAGAAGGAAGUUGAAAGAGAAAAGCUUGUUAGUUUUCUGUUGAAUGCAAUGGCAACACAAUUCAGAAAUCCCUCAGUUUGGAUUUAAGCUUGUGUUCCUCAAAAGCAAUUGCUUCCUCAGGUUCUUCUUAGCCCUUUCGUGAUCCAUCGCCAAAUGUUAAGCUGAAGCUUCUGUUCCAGUGUCUCAAGAGGGAACAUAUUCUCAAAGGAAUUAUAACAUUUUCUUUUUUCUAAUACCAGUCAAUGCCCUGAUCUCCAUCCUCCCAAGCCUGAGGAAAAGGAAACUGGCUGAUAGAGAUUUUGCAGCUUAACAUUUUUGGUUUUUUUGGUGAUUUUUUUUUUCUCUAUAAAACAGUGAUGUAAAUAUGUAAAUAUACGGGAUUUUUGUAUAGUUUAUUAAUGAGAAAAGUGGAUAAAAAGUUGCAUA